UCUCAGCUCACAACUCACUCAUCUUCCUCAGAGAAGCACACACACUCUCUCUCUACCCGAAUGGCUCCUACCUACAUCAGCGACUCUGCCAACACCAUGCUCUCUGCUGAAGACAAGCAUAAACUAAGGAAACCAGUUGGGAAAAAGAUGUGUAGAGACCACAUCAACACCUGCAUAGAGCAGCUCAAGACCCUGCUGGAGAGGGAGUUCCACAAACAGGACCCCAACACCAAGCUGGAGAAGGCUGACAUCCUGGAGAUGACGGUGGGGUUCCUGACGCAGAAGCUGCAGCCUCAGAGCCCAGUCCCCCAGAGGGCCCACAGUGAGGGCUACUCCCAGUGCUGGAGGGAGACCCUACACUUCCUGUCUUCUAGCUCCAUGAAGGACAUGAUGCUUCAGAACCUCCAGAGAGCUGGCCAGGACGUCUGCCCCUCCUCGCCACUCUCUUCCCAACAUCAACACCACAGCCAGGGCCCAGUGAAGCAGGCCACCAGUGGUCACAAAACAGUGUGGAGGCCCUGGUAGAGACAAACUAUUUAACAAACUGGAUGAGUGUUUACCGUCUUUCAUACUGUAAGAACUCUCUAUUUCCAAUAGUAAUAUCUACUUAGGUCCUUUAUGAAGGAUAGCGAACGUCAUAUGACAAGCGUUAUAGUUUGUUGUCUCCUUUAUGGAGCUGUCUGUAAAAAAUACUUUUUCUGUCAUGUGGCAUAUGACUCCUAUGGAGUAUUGAUUUGUGUGUGAUUCUGUGAAAUCAAUAGCAUUCAAAAUGCUAAAUAUUUAUUGGAGAUGAAUUCUCAUGUUUAAGUGUUCUUAAAGGGAAAUCAGAUUGUGUUACCUUUUGUAAAGGAACUGAUUGCACAUAAUGCAUAUUGAAACAUUUGUAUUUGACAUUUUUACAGUGGAUGUGCAUAGACUUUGUAUUUGACAUUUUUACAGUGGAUGUGCAUAGACUUUGUAUUUGACAUUUUUACAGUGGAUGUGCAUAGACUUUGUAUUUUACAUUUUUACAGUGGAUGUGCAUAGACUUUGUAUUUGACAUUUUUACAGUGGAUGUGCAUAGACUUUGUAUUUGACAUUUUUACAGUGGAUGUGCAUAGACUUUGUAUUUGACAUUUUUACAGUGGAUGUGCAUAGACUUUGUAUUUGACAUUUUUACAGUGGAUGUGCAUAGACUUUGUAUUUGACAUUUUUACAGUGGAUGUGCAUAGACUUUGUAUUUUGACAUUGUUGGUGUUUAGCCUAAACUGGAUGCACAAGUGGAUAUCAAACCAAAAUUAACAAUGAUAUUGACAAUGCAUAUUGGCAGGCUGUUUUAACAAAAGCGCAGUCUUUAGUUUGCAGCUCUAAAUUAUAGUUAAUGUGUUUUAUUAUUUAUUAAUUUGCAUGUGUUGACAAUAUGUUAACAUUGCUGGUAUGACACCCCGAAUAAGAGAGCAUUAAAUGCAUAAUCAUAUUAUAAUAUAUUGUCGCGACUUCCAUCAAGUCGGUCCCUCUCCUUGUUCGGGUGGCGUUCGGCGGUCAACGUCACCUGCCUUCUAGCCAUCACCGAUCCACUUUUCAUUUUCCAUUUGUUUAGUCUUUGUUUUCUACACACCUAGUUUCAAUUCCCCUCAUUACAUGUUCAUUAUUUAACCCUCUGGUUUCCCCCAUGUUUGUGUGCGUGUUUGUUUUAUUGUUAGGCUGUAUCUGAUGGCUGGUAUUAUUGUUACCGGGUUUUGUUGUUACGCCCGUUUAUUCGUGGUACCGGUAUUUUUUCCUGCACCAUAGUAGUGUUUUUUUUACUGUUGUUUUCUUGAAUUAAAUACCUUGUCCACGCA